AGCUGCUGCGGCGCGCGGGGCACCCUCGAGAUCCGGGAGCUGCCGGGACAUGGGGUCCAACCGGAGCCAAUAACCUGGGUUGGGGAGCUGCAGCCUGGGGCCUGUAACUCGGCCCGCUCACACCGUCUGCAGAAGGAGCGGAUUAUACGGAGAAGCUACAGAGCACUGAAGCGCUGGGUGUCUGCAUGCAGGGACAGGCCCUUACUGUUUAUUAAUUCUGUCGCGUAGGGGCUCUUUGGUGUUCUCAGACUUUUGCCAUUGUGUCCAGUGCCCUUAAGAACCUCGUGUACGUGUCUCCACUUGCGUGUCUUAUCUCAUCUCCAUCUCGGCCCGCUCUAUGGUCGCUCCUCACUGUCUCCCCAAGAACUUGAUCCAUGUAUGACCUUCUGUGUCUCAGUUGGUGGAAACCCCGUUAUCCCAGUUUUUCGUGUGUGAAGUGAUCGGAAUCACCUUUGACUCCUCUUGCUCCAUCUUGCCUCGACUUCAGCCCGUCCUGAAAGUCUGCAGGUCUCUCCUGCAAUCGUCCUGCACCCCGUUCCCCUGUGACUCCCCAGGCUGGCCCACCUGCCUCUCGCCUGGUUAUGGCUUCCACCUGCCAACACACGUCCCGGCCUCUGCAUCUGGCCCCUGGAUUCUAGUAGUGUCCCUGCAACCUACGGGCCGUGGAGCUGUGAGGCGCGAUCAGUCCUCUGGGCAAAAGCCUGAAGUGGUCCUGCAUCGGUCACAGAGUCAGCCGAAGUCCCUCCUGUGGCCGACCCGCUCCCCACAGGUGCUGUGGCCGCCUCCCAUCACGCUGCCUUCCUCCUGCUGCUUUUCCUCUCCAUUCGUUUCAUUUCUUUCAUGUUGUGCCACAUUGCCAUGGUAAAUUCAGACUGGAAUACUUCUGCAAGCUUGUCUUGUUCCUAAUUUCAGGGGGGACUGUUUUGAAACGUUACCAUUGAACGGAACGCUUGGUGGAAGGUCAGUGGAAAGCACUGACCUCCGAUCGGUGCUUUGGCCUGCUGACACUGAACUUUCCUUUUGUGGGAGUGGCUGAUUUUGUGAGUUUCUGGCCUCAGCUGCGUGUGACAACGGUUCCCUUUGUUUUUUGUUUGUUUGUUUGUGGUUUGUUUUCUUUUGGUGACUGGCCAUUAUGGGGAUCCGAACCCUUGACCUUGGUGUUACAAGGCUGUGCUCCAACCAACCGAGUUUAUCAGGAAAUUUGCUUGGCUCUAACUUCAAAUUAUGUCCAGAAUCCAAUCUGCGCGUCACCGCCGCUGCUACUGACCUCGUCUGACCCACACCGUCUUGGCGUUCCUGACCACAGCCACCAUGUCCAGCAGCUGUCCCUUGUGCCUGUUAUCAGAUAACAGAGGGAACUUGCCAAGAUGCUUGGUCAGGUCAUUUCUCGGCUCAGAACCCGGCACUAGCCUUCAGGUCACUCAGCACCAAAGCCAAAGUCUCUACCACAGCAGGACUCAGUGGUCUUUGAGGAUGUGGUUGUGGACUUCACCCUGGGGGAGUGGGCCUUGCUGAGUCCUGCCCAGAGGAAACUCUACAGAAAUGUGAUGCUGGAGACCUUCAGGAACCUGGCCUUAGUAGAUGAUGAGACACUACUUAAAACCAAUGGGUCCAUUUCUCAGCAGGAUAUGUUUGGUGAAAAAUUAUGUGAUGAACAGAAAACAGCAAGGUUCACAAGAAAUGACACCUGGGCCUCCCUUUUAGGAAAAAAAUGGAAAGACUAUUGCCUUAAAGAUAAGCACAAAAACAAGGGGAGACCUUUGAGCAGAAAGCGAAUGGUGGUCAGACUCUGUAAAAGUGGUAAAGGUGGUGAUUGUGAAGGAAGCUUCUGCCAGAUUCCAAAUCAAAAUCGGUCCAAGAAACCUACGAGAGCAAGACAGUACAAAUGCAGCCAGUGUGGAAAAGUCUUCACCCACUCGUCAUCCCUUCAGAGGCACAAAAGAAGUCACACUGGACACAAAGCACAUCAGUGUGAGGAAUGUGGGAAAGCCUUCAGUCGCCCUUCAUACCUGAAAACCCACGUAAAAACUCACAGUGGAGAGAAAUUCUACGCAUGCAAAUUAUGUGGGAAAACGUUUCUUCGUCCCCAUUCUCUCACUGAGCAUGUAAGGACUCACACGGGAGAGAAGCCCUUCGAAUGUAAGCAGUGUGGGAGAGGCUUCAGUUGUCCCAAAUCCUUUAGAUCACAUGUGAUGAUGCACACUGGAGAGAAGCCCUAUGAAUGCGAGCAGUGUGGGAAAGCCUUCAGUUGUCUCAAAACCUUCCAGGUACAUACGAUGAUGCACACCGGAGAGAAGCCCUAUGAAUGUAAGGAGUGUGGGAAAGCCUACUGCUGGCGCACGUCCUUUCAAAGGCACAUGAGCAUUCACAAUGGAGAGAAACCCUAUAAAUGUGACAAAUGUGAGAAGGCAUUUGGCUGGCCCUCCUCCUUACACAAACAUGUGAGAAUGCACAAUGAAAAGAAACCUACACACGUAAGCAAAGUAGGAAACCGUUCGGUUGGCUCUCAUCCUUCCAAAAAUGUAAGAAUGCAGACAGGAGGGAAGCUCUAUAAAUGUGAAAAAUGUGGGAAGGUAUUUGGUUGUACUUCAUCCUUACACAAACACGUGAAGUUGCACACUGGAGAGAAGCCUAGAUCUGUAAGCAAUGUGAGAAAGCCUUUACCUGGCCCCCGUCCUUCCAAAACUCUAAGAAUGCAGACUGGAGAGAAGCCCUAUACAUGUGAAAAAUGUGGGAAAGCUUUCAGUUGUCCUAGAUCCUUUCAAGGUCACGUGAGAAGUCACACUGGUUAAGAAACCUUACAAAUAUAAGUAGUGUGGGAAAGCUAUACUAAUUAAUUCAUAUAUAACCGUUCAGAAAAUUCACGUCAGGACAGAAAUCUUAUAAAAGUUAUAAAUAUGCUAUUGCAUUUUAUAUCCCUAAAAGUGGACCUCUAGUGAAUGAAUUUCCAAGUUCUCUUGCAAAUAGACAUUGAGGUGAGAAUUCUCUAAGUACUCUUUCAUUCUAGUAUGUAAUUUUUGAUACAUAGUGGUGGGUUUCAGUUAUUAAUUUUUCUCUUUCCAUUUUGAAGUGUGUUAUACCCAUGGAUGAUUUGAAGUGUAUUUUUGAUAUGCAUUAGGUACAUAAUUUUUAUGUAGUUUUUGGGUUGUUCUGUAAGUAUGGAGCCAUAAAACUAAUGAAAUGUUGGUACCUGCUGGCAUUCUCUUACUGGCUCUGUGUGUUCCAAACUCGUUAUUACUUACCCAUAACAUGCAAGGGUCCUUCAGAAAGUUCAUGGGAAAACAGAAUUAAAAGAUAACAUGACUCUCUCGUGAGCGUGCUGAAGUCCCCUUAUAUAUUUCACCUUUCUAUUUUACUGAGAAAACCAGCAGUUUUUAAUCUCAAUACUUUUUACUUACAUCAGGUUUGUAUUCUCAGCAACUUAAUAUUUUGGUGAGAGGAUCCUUAUUCCAUUUUGCUGGCUGGCUAAUUAACAGUUGGCAGAAAUCUGUUAAGUAUGCAAAGCUACUGAAAGAGGAUAGUCUCAUGGGAACUACUAUUUUUAUCUGUUGCUCUUUGCUCUUCGUCCUUGCUUCUGGCUGGAACUGGAUAAUAGGUUUGAGUUAAGAAGAGAGACCUGUAAUAUGACAGUGAAAUCUAGAGGUGGAGAUGGUUCUGCUGGAUUGUGUCAUAUCAGCAUGGGUAAGGCAAGGGAGUACAUGUCCCAGGUUUCCUUCUCUAGAUGGUUCCAUGUUAGAAUUCUGUAAUAGCCCAAUCUGCAGGAAAUUUGGAAGAAGCAAUUAUUCAGUUUAUCAAGCCACCACCAAACAGGGAGAUGGACGAAUGCACAGGGACUGUACGGACACCAGGGUCCAGCUUAUUUUCCUGAUUGCUGGCCCUGCCAAUCAAAAGUAUCCUCAAAACAUAUACUAACUGCUUGGCUUCCCUUCGGUCAGAGGUGCAGGUUUCCAGACAUCUCCACCAGCUUUCCCAUCACGGAUGCAUGCACGGUUUGGAUUUUCCUGCAAGCCCUAUGCUGUCCACCAGGCCACUGAUUCAGGAUGCCAUGACUGUUGAUCUUAUGUGAUGCUCUGACUCUUCUUUUCUCUACCUCUUACUAUGUGUCUGUAAAGUCUAAUUUGUAUAGUGAACACUUCAUUCUCUUAACAAUUCUCAUGCAUCUGUGUUCCUGACUCCACUGCAGCAGAUACAAUAACGCAGCCGUGAACACACGAGACUGUUUCCCUACGGCGUCACUGAGAGGCUCCCCUGACUCAGCAUCUCCACGAGACAAAUCAGCCCAUUACUGACAUAUGGGGCAGACUGUGGGGUUUUGUUACCUAGAGCUGAAUACAGUCCUUUCAUGUGUGUUUAAUUAUUACAUUUGAUUAUGAUUAAGACAAAAGUGCCUGUUUCUGGGAAAUGUCAUAUUAACUGUUUUCAAAUAAGUGGUAUACCAUAUAAAGGUGUAAAAUGUUUCUGAGAAAUAGCCUAUUAACUCUGUGUUUUCAAAUAAAUUGCAUACAAACGUCA